UGUAUCUCCGUGCAGUCCACGCUGAGGGCUGCAUACCCGUCCUCCAACAACUUAUCCGGGACAAUCCCCUCGGCAUCCUCACCACAGCCAUCAAAUCCUCAUCACACCCGCUGAUCCAGUCCAGCCAUAUCCCCUUCGUGCUUGACGUACCAGAUAACAGCGAUGGAACCCCGUCCAACGGUAUCCUCCGUGGUCAUAUCGCCAAGCAAAACCCUCAAGCCAGAGUCUUAAUGGAGGCCCUCGCCGCACAGCACGCGCAAGGGCAUCCCAGCCUAGACCUGCCUGACGAAGUGCUCGUGCUCUUUAACGGGCCUCACCACCACUACGUGACGCCCAAAUUCUACACCGAGACCAAGCCUGCGACGGGGAAGGUCGUGCCGACGUGGAACUACUCCGCCGUGCAAGCAUACGGCAAGAUCCGCGUAUUCUGCGACUCCAAGUCCGAAAAGACCGGAUCCUUCCUGCAGCGCCAGGUCACCGAUCUUACGCAGCAGUCUGAGUCCCGCAUCAUGGGGUAUACCGGCGGGGAGGCCCCGACGCCGUGGGCGGUGUCCGAUUCGCCAACGAGCUACGUGGACCUGCUGAAGAAGAACAUCAUCGGGAUCGAGAUCACAAUCGAUCGACUGCAGGGAAAAUUCAAGAUGAGUCAGGAGAUGGGUCCAGGGGAUCGCGAGGGUGUCAUCGGUGGGUUUUCUCAUUUGGGGACCGAGACGGGGGAUGGCAUUGCGCAAAGUGUAAAAGAGCGAGGGGAGAAGAAGGAUCAGAAGGCUUCAUAGAUAGAAGUAUCUCGUAACGUCCUGUCUCAUUGCUUGGUAUCUAGUGCAUAUAUCGUUCAAAGUGUCUCACAUUGUUGUUUUCUUCUCUCGGGAUUUACGCCAUUAAAUAUUCAACAACACCGAUCAUCUCUAGGGCGGGAGCAGGAAUAUAU